CACUCCCUCCGAUCCACCAUGGAGUCCUUUUCCAGAAGCUUUAAAAUUCCUCCCCUGGCCCAUCUCCUCCCGCGCUCUGCUCUUCGUGCCCGCAGAUCCCGGGCGCCUCUGCUCGCCCAGGACGCCGCCGCUCUCCCUCUGUGGCGCGGCCUCGGGCUCGGCCGCGCGCGCAUGCCCGCCGCCGCUUGCCACUCUGCCGAGUGCCGCUCGCGGCCGGACUGCAAGCUGCGGCGGCCCCUAGCACCGGGCUGAAGAGGUGUCGAGGUCGCCCAUCCUCACCAACAAGUUGCCACCUUUGCUAUUCACCAACGCGACGCGAGCAACUUGGUGCUGUGGCUGCCGUGUGGGCGAGCUCCGGCCACUGCCGGCGACACCACCACCACCUAGACACCCACGGCGCAGCGUUGAACACCUGCACGUGUACAUAUACUGAUAUAGAUGCAGGCAUCAAAUGGCUGGGGUGGUUAAAUGGAAACCGUUAUCUUGUGAACAGAUGGAGCAUACAAGAGUUACACCUGAGAGGUUGUCAUUAAGAUCUAAUAGCCCCAAGAAUCACAAUUCCCGACAUAUUGGCCAUUUUGCGAAGGGCGGCAAUUUCAUUUGUCAUUCUUUGAAGCCAGUAUCACAACCUAAGGCAGGGCAGUAUGUUAUCGUCAAGGUGCGCAAUAAAGAUAUUGAUGAAAGUUGCGGCUCCGAAUUUGCUCAGGAGGACAGUGAGAUUAUCUCUAGUCCAUCACAAAGGAAAGAAGGAAAUCAACUGAGGGCAUUGGAGUCUUAUUUUUCUAAACUCAAUUCCACUCAGCAGCUAUGCUCUUUUCCUCAGAAGAACAAGCAAAAAAAUGGCCCAUCAUCCUCAAAUGAAGUUGAUGCAAUCAUUGCCAAUGUGAAGAACAUGAUAGACUCGUUGCAGGUACAGUUUGACAGAGGAAAUACAGGUACCAAGAGUUAUCGCAAUACUUCCAUUGAAGAUUACAAGGAGUACUUGAUAUUUGAUGAAAAGAGUUUCCUGGACAUGCAUACAGAUGAUCAAACGUCCGGUUUCUGUUUGACAAACUUAUUGGCUGGUAUUAAUAUUGCAGUUCUGUUAUUCGAAAUAGCAAGUCCAGUGAAAAAUUCUGAAAAUGAAUAUUUGUCUCUCCCUUUGUUGUAUGGUGCCAAGAUAAACAACUUAAUACUUUCAGGGGAGUGGUGGAGACUACUAACACCUAUGUGCCUGCACUCAGGUUUCCUACAUGUAGCCCUUGGUUGUUGGGUGUUGCUUACGUUUGGACCUCGAGUAUGCAGAGCAUAUGGGCAAAUGGCUUUUUUUCUUAUAUACAUACUUGGAGGAAUCUGUGGUAAUGUGACAAGUUUUGUUCACACUACAGAGAUAACUGUUUGUGGCACAGGCCCAGUAUUUUCUCUAAUUGGAGCAUGGCUGGUGUAUCAGAGUCAAAACAAGCAAGUCAUUGACAAGGAUGUUUCAGAAAGUAUGUUCUCGCAGGCCGUGAUAGCUGCAGCUUUGAGCUUCUUACUGAGCAUUUUUGGGGGAAUUGAUAACUGGGCGCAUCUUGUGGCAACUAUUUCUGGACUUCUCUUUGGUUAUCUUACUUGCCCAAGUAUUGAAUUGCACAAUGCUGCCAAGAAUGGUCAAAAGGAGGCUGUGGCUCUUGUUAGGCGACAAGCCCAUCCAUGCAAAUCCGCUGCAGUCUUUGGCAUAAGCAUACUAGCAUUUGCCGCGCUCGCCUUCGCUUAUGGGACACAAUUCAAUAAUAUGGAUCUGGAAUAGCUAGGUGUUUCUCAUAGUUCCUUGCUAUAUUUAGGUAGCUUUGCCAGCUAUGUAUUCUAUAAUGUGAGAUGAGCACGAGAUGUAAAUAUAUAUAUAGUUGGUUUUGUGGUAUGGAUCAAUUACAUAUUUAGCCAGAUUUUUGGAGCUUGUAUUUUGUAUAUCAUACUACAAUAUCUUUGGAUGUAAUUGAGGCUUGCAAAGUGGUUACACAUAAA